AAGGUCCGGGCCGGGAACAUGGCGCCGGGGCGGCGCGAGGCGCUGGUGCUGCAGUGCGAGUGGGGCGGCUGCAGCCACGUGGCCGCCGCCAUGGAGCCCUUCUGCGCCCACGUCUCCGAGCACCUGCAGCAGCAGCAGGAGCUCCGCGCCCAGCGAGGCGACGGCGACCCCCUGGAAGAAUACACGUGCCUGUGGCAGGAGUGCGGCUUCUGCUCGCCGGAGAGCUUGGCCGACCUGAUCCGCCACGUCUACUUCCACUGCUACCACACAAAGCUAAAGCAGUGGGGGCUGCAGGCCUUGCAGAGCCAGCCGGACUUGAGCCACUGCCAGCUGGAUUUCCAGAGCCGCAACAUCGUGCCAGAGAUCCAGGAAAAUUUCCAGUGCCUGUGGGAGUACUGCGAGAGGUCAUUCGAUAACCCGGAGUGGUUCUACCGGCACGUGGAGGAUCACAGCUUCUGCUUGGAUUAUAAGGUCGCUGGGAAGGAGAACCACGUGGUGGCGUGUGGCUGGAAAGACUGUGACUGCACUUUCAAGGGGCGCUGCAAGCUGCGGGAGCACCUGCGCAGCCACACGCAGGAGAAGGUGGUGGCGUGUCCAACUUGUGGGGGGAUGUUUGCCAACAACACCAAAUUCUUUGACCACAUCCGCCGGCAGACUACCCUGGACCAGCAGAGGUUUCAGUGCUCUCAUUGCUCCAAGAGGUUUGCCACUGAGAGGCUGCUUCGUGAUCACAUGAGGCACCAUGUUAACCAUUACAAGUGUCCUCUCUGUGAUAUGACCUGCCCGCUGCCCUCUUCCCUGCGCAACCACAUGCGCUUCCGCCACAGCGAGGAACGUCCCUUCAAGUGUGACAACUGUGACUACAGCUGCAAGAAUUUAAUUGGUCUGAGGAAACACCUUGACACACACAGCAAAGAGCCGGCCUAUCGCUGCGAGUUCGAGGGCUGCAGCUUCUCCGCUCGCUCCCUGUGUUCCAUCAAGCUGCACUACCGCAAGGUCCAUGAGGGUGACUCAGAGCCCCGGUAUAAGUGCCAUGUCUGUGACAAAUGCUUCACGCGGGGCAACAACCUCACCGUGCACCUCCGGAAAAAGCAUCAGUUCAAGUGGCCCUCGGGCCACCCUCGCUUCAGGUACAAGGAGCAUGAGGAUGGCUACAUGCGGUUGCAGCUGGUGCGCUAUGAGAGCGUGGAGCUGACUGAGCAGCUGUUGAAGGAGCAGGAGAAGCAGGGCGAGGCACUGGAUGGCGCUGGCGAGUGCAUGGUCCUGCCCGAGGACGAGAGCAACCUGCAGGUGAUCAUCGUGGAACCACCUGUGGAGGCUUCCCUGGAGGAAGCCAACAACGUGGCCACGCCGCUGCCCCUGCUGUAUGCUGUGGCCUGCCCUGGGACAACACAGCCAGGUGCCUUGCUGAAGCAAGAGCCCAGCACCCCCUCUGACACUAUUAUCCAUGUCAUGAACCAGACCAAUGAGCAUGGGGAGAGUGAAACAGUGUUCUAUGUCAUGGCUAGCACGUACCCUGAGGAGUGGGCAGGUGCGCCCGGCGGCCUCACCGAGGAGCCGGAGGAGAAUGUCAUGGACCGGCUGCAGAAGACAGCAGAGGAACUGGGCAUACAGAUAGUGUGAGGUCACCUCCCUGCGCUUGGCUUCAGGGAGCCCCGGGGGACCUUGCCACCUCAGGUGGGGCUGGCAUAGAUUUGAGCCUGUGGCAUCGCCAGGUUGGGACCCUUGGACGUUGUCCAAACUCUGCUUAACACCAGAGCUGAGGGGGAUGGCACUGCCUAUGGGAGUCCCAGAACCUGCUUUCCUCCCGGGAGUUGUGGCCAGCUCCCUUUGCUGUGCUGUCCA